AUGAUUGGAAUGAUCAAUCGCGGCGACGACACCGUCGAGUUCUACGCGGCGGCCCGGCAAUCCUCCCUCUACAGGCACCCGCCCGUGCGUCAGAAGUUGGAAUACCUGAAAGACGGCCGAGUUUUCCUUGACGGCGUCGCCGUGCACGAGCAGCCGACGACCGGCCAAAUGUGGCACGAUUUGAUCUCGAAGAUUUUGGCGAUGCGCAUGAUGAAGAUUGACGCGAUGGAGAAUGGCUCGUUUUUACUU